UUUUUUUUUUUGAAAAAAAUACACAUAUAAAUACUCUAAUUAUUAGAUCCUUUUUUUUUUCUUGUAAAAACACAGUCAAAGAAAAAAAAAUGAAUCUUCUUAAACACACACUUAUGUUAAACUUAUUUGUUAUAACGUUACUUUUAAGUAAUGUUUAUGCUUCUAAAGUUUUCUGUGGAAAGACAAAAGAUUGCAAUUUACCUGGUGUAGGCCCAACCUAUAGUUGUGGUCACGGUUUAAAGUGGUCUGGCUAUGAAGCAGGAAGUAAUGAGAAAUAUUGGAGUGGACCCUAUACUAGAAUGCAAGACUUUAGAAAUUGCUGUGAACAAUAUUCUACUCCUAGAACCUAUUGUGCUAAAUAAAUAAACAUAUAUGUAUGUAUAUUAUAUAUACUAUACAUAUUGACUGCUUAUAAAUAAAUGCAAAAAAAAAAGACAGACAGACAUAACUAUAGUUGAUAAGAAGAAGAAAGGUGUAUACA